AUGGCCGGCCAUCACGAUCACAAUCCUUUUAGUCAUGACGAUGAUAUCAAUCCUUUUUCCAACCAUCACAAACUCCAUGGGGUCACACCAACUUCCAAACUAUCGACUCUUGCUCCUGAACCUGCACUUGGCUACGGUUUUGGUGGCGCGGCUAAUACUUCUCUUGAUACACCUGCGAAAUUAAAGAAGAAGCAAAAGGAGUUGGAAGCUAAAGAAGCUGAAUUGAACAAGAGGGAAGAGAUCUUGAGACAAAAAGAAGCGGCCGUGGCAAGAGCUGGUGUUGUUAUUAGACCAAAAAAUUGGCCUUCGUUUUACCCGUUGGUACAUCAUGACAUUGCUGGAGAUAUACCACUUCAUCUACAAAAAAUACAAUAUGUUGCAUAUGCAACGUUAUUAGGUGUGCCAAUUUCACUUUUGUGGAAUCUUAUAACCAGCAUAGCAAUAUUAGUGAGUGACUCAGCCGGAAUAUAUAUAUUCUUCUCGGCCAUCUACUUCUUGUUGGGUCCUCCUGGAGCCUUUUAUUUUUGGUAUCGUCCGCUAUAUCGUGCGUUCAAAACGAACAACGGCAUGAAUUUUGGCUGUUUUUUCUUUAAUUAUGCGUAUCAUAUUGUAUUCUUUACCUUUGCUGCAAUCGGUCCUCGAAUACUAUUUACUGGACUACAUUUUGCAGGGAUCUUGAAUGCAUUGAAACUCUUAAGUGAUAAGCAUCCUGUACUUGCGAUAAUGAGCUUUAUCGGAUUUGGAUUCUUUGCACUUGAGCUACUUCUAAGCAUUUGGGUUAUGCAACAAGUUUAUCGAACAUUUCGAGGCAAUCCUAAAGCAACUACAGAACCAGUGUCGAUAGACCUUUGA